CCCUCCGUCCCGCGCGGUCGCCGGCCGGCGUGCGUCGCCUAUAAAACGCGCGCGGCGAUCAACGUACGCUUGCGUCUCACCGCACUGAACCAAAGCAACCCAAGAAAUCAUCGAGGAAGACAUCUCGAUUCGUUUCCGAGAUGAGCGUGGAGAUCCUCGACGGCGGCACGGUGCGGAGCUUCGUCGACGACGAGGGCGCCUUCAACGCGUCGGUGGACGGGCGGUUCGCGGCGCUGGACGCCGACCGCGACGGCCUGCUCUCCUACGCCGACAUGGCCGGGGAGCUGAUGAGCCUCAGGGUGCUGGAGAGGCGCUUCGGCGUCGACAGCGAUGAGGCCGCGCGCCCCGGCGCCGACGAGCUCGCCGCGCUCUACCGCGGCCUCUUCGCCCGGUUCGACCGUGACGGCGACGGCAAGGUCGGCCUCCACGAGUUCCGCGCCGAGAUGAAGGAGGUCAUGCUCGCCGUCGCCAAUGGCCUCGGCUUCCUCCCCGUCCAGAUGGUCGUCGAGGAAGGCAGCUUCCUCAGGAUGGCCGUCGACAGGGAGCUUGCUAAGGCUGCCUGAUUAAACCUUGCUAACUACCGAGCAAAUUUGCGAUAUUUUGUAUUUGAGCAAAUAUUAUUGUAUCCUCUGAUGAUUCGUAUACUUGCGGUAUUUGGAUUUAAGCUACUGAAUUGCUACAAUCCUACUCAC